AUGUCUCUACAACCAGAAAAUUAUGUUAACAACAAUAAUGACACUUUCAUUGAAAAGGAAGAAAACAGCAACAGCAUUAACAACGUUGACAAAAACAUUAAAACAUUCGGUGACAUCAAAAAUAUAAAUGGCAGCAACAAUACAAAAGAUAGCAUUACUACGGAUUGUGAAAGUAACAAAAACAAUAAUGCAAACUCAUCUAUUAAUGGUAAUAGUAAAAAUAAAAUUACUGAUAAUGGAAAUACUUCAGUGGGUAGUAAUUGUUGUGAUGUGAUGUUUGGUAGGUGGAAAGAAUGGAGAUCGUCGAGGAGCUAUUUUUUGUUCUGGGGACAGCCAUCAAAUAACAGGGAACAUUCAAAUUUUCUCGUAACAACUCUUUCAAAUAAUCUGGCCCAACACCAUAACUGCAACUUUACACGCCUGAAAAGCGCAACAAAAAAUUUUCUGCAACGUUCUGAAUACGUUGAACUCUCAACCCCAUUAAUUCUAAAACCGUACGUCUACAAAGUACAGUAA